CUCGUGUCAAUGAAAUAAUAAACGUAUGGGAACUUCUAGGACAAAUGGAGUAGUGGAAACUUCAAGAAUGGCCCAACAGACUGAUACACAACUGUUGCAGUCCAAGUCUUUCCUAGUUUUGUAUAGGGCUACUACAAACAAUCUAUUUCAACAUACAUCUAGUUUUGGUUCGAUGUAACUGAGGACAUAACGUAGUAUGUUCAGGUAGACUCACUAAGAUCCUGAUAGAAUAAUUUUUAGCAACAAAGGGUUUAUUUCGAUGAUCUUGCCUGCUCUCGCUUUAUAGAUUAUAAUUUCUUUAAUGGCGCCUGAAAAUAGUUUUAAACUACUCACCUAAGUAAGAAGAAUUAUAGGUCUGAACAAGAACAAUUACUGUAUUCCUCUCCAUGUAUGCUUAUACGAGAAGCUCGAAAAGUGCUUCCCUCUGAGUGGCAAAAUUCCGAGAAACUAUAAGGAUAAUUGCUGAUUUUCUUUUCCGAGAAUUCAACCGAGUGGAACAUCGCUUUUGAAUACGAGGUUACAUUUCAAGAAAGCAGAAACAAAUAUUUGCCAAGUAGUCAAUAUCAACCAAUUAUGACAAAUAUUGCACAGGAAGUUCUUGUGGGAAUAAACUAAGACUAUUACCUUCAGAUGGUAAGGAAAUCCUUAUUUUUUUGGAAUGGAACAUUUAAAAUGUUAGAAUGUUGUUUGUCACUUCAUGAAUAUAAUUUGGACAAGGUCCAAAGGUAUUCCCAUUUAAGGUAAGGGUAAUCACGAGGAUACAGUGGCAGGAUUGGUAGGAACACCCGUGUAGCUCCACGUUGCCAUGAGAAUCAAUAGCCAUGGACUCUGAGUUUAUUCUGACAGCCGUAUUGUUGAGCGAUCAAUUGGGUGUCACUCGAACAACAGACCUCAGUCGUGACAGAAAGUUUUCACCACGCACAAAAAUGCACUGCGGUCACUUUCACUUUCGAACAAUUUAUCAUCCUCGCUAUUUCUGUGAUUAUUAUACUACUUGUUCUUCUAUAUUAAAAUGUGAUAAAAUAGGCUAUCAGCACCGCACUAGUUCUUAAUUGCGUUUAAGCGCUCACCCUGCUGGUAGGAAAAGUAAAUAAGCACCCAACUUCAAAGAAACAGAGUUGAUCCCUAACAAGAAACAGCUAGAUAUGUCCAUUAACGUUGCUCUUAAGAUAACUCAAGGCUGUACAAAAUUUAUUUGAGUACUGUCCAUAAGGAACUGUUGCGAAUCUUAAACUGCAUGUUUAAAUGAACUCUAUUUUUUUUAAGUUUGUAACUGAGAGUCUACUCAAAAGAAAGAAAAUGACAUCAUGUAACUGGAUUUUCUUAGAAAUAUGUAUCCAAUCUCAUGCCCAACUGGUGGUUUUACCGGGAAGAUGUCCUUAUUAUGUCCAACUAUGUCUCAGUUCUUACGGUGUUGUAGGAUAAUUGCUCAAAAAUCCCCAGUCUUCUUAAAAUUUUGGAUAGCAUCGCCUGGAAUAGAACAAGAAAUAUCUGUCCAUCUAAAUGUUAUUAUUUUACAAAGCCGACUACAGGGUAGGAUUUAAGAACAUCUACAAGACAAUGUAAUACUUUUAUUACUAAAUACCCCUAAAAUAAGCUUUCCAUAUUUAAUUUACCGACCACAUGAUGGAAGUAUAUAAUAAAAAUACUUGAAAAACUAAUCAGAGAAUGUUUAGAAAUACAUUUGAUGAUGAAAAUUAACGAUCUCGUCCCCGAAUGAAGGAUUAUCAUAACUUCUCAAAUGUGACAAAAUGAAGUAUAAUCAUUCAACAUCAAGAUGACCGUGAGUCCAACGGUAGACUGGAGAUACUAAGGUAGCGCAAGUCACAGAGUGAAAAAUGGCGGCGAAGAAGGCGUCCAAGAAAAAAGAAGAUCUCGAUGCUCUGCUACAAGAAGCAACAAGUUUGCUUGGAGAAAAAGAAAUAUCACGAAAGAGGAAAAAAGGCCGGAGUGAUUUGGAAUUUUAUAGGGACUCCACCACUGGUUUGAGGAAAUACAAGCACAAGUAUCGGCCUCGCGAAAAAAAGGUGACGAAUACGUCGCUCUGCAGUGCAACAGAAGAAGAGCAAAUUGAUGGUGUAAGUGCGUAUGACGCGGGUCAUGAGAUGCAAUCAGAUGAUGUGAACCAAACAGACAAUGAACUUCAAUCAACUCUACUGAAUUGCCAGGAAGUUCUUGAAUCAUUCCAGAGCCUGGAAAAUAACUGGGAAAAGCGAAUGGACAGUUUGAAUGAGAACUGGGAGUCAUCAAGGGAGCUGAUUUUCAAGUCCAUUCUGCUUACUCAAGGGUCACAUAUGUUAGGCCAGUUGUGUGCCAUUUGUGCCAACCCNCAAUUCCAUUCAAAGUAUCUGUUUUGGAAACUUCAUCAGGUGUUUGAGGGCAAGAUUGGAUCAUCUUUGCUGCAUCUACUCUACGCUUCCUUCUCUUUGAGGCACAUACCUCCUACAGUCAAUGUGAAUGAAGAUGGGAAGCUGGUGCAGACCAGGAAAUAUUUUUUCUUCAAUACAUUUAAAGUGUGCCCAAAGUGUGAGCAAGAUGAUACUUUGACAGUUAAUCCUUCAGGUGGAUCCAUUAUUGUUGUGAACCAAAAAGGCCGUUUUGACUUCAAUAAUUGCACUAUCAGCUGCAGUGGUUGUGGUUACAAAAUAAAUUCAUGGUCUUUGGAGAAAACGAUUGAAGCUGGAUACUGGCCAGGAAGUCCAAAGGACUCCACAUAUUUAUUUGACCAGAAUUUAUUUCGACAGUGGGAUUUCCUUCAAAAGAGAAUACCUGGUACUUCAGAAGUAUCAUUCUUGAAAGCCUUGGGAGAUUUUUCACAGUCAAAAGGAAGGGCACCAGCUAUUACCCCCACCACUUUCAGUCGCUCUUUUAAAGAGUGGAAGUUUUGCAUGUAUGAAGUAGAGAUUAUAAAAGGUCUAUCUUGGAUGGUGUGUCCCACAUGUGCAUUAGACCAGCAUUCUUGUCAUGUUGAUGGAAACAUGAAGCUUUACCGUUAUCAAUCCUCUGGAGUAUUUGUCAGAUUUGACAAUGAGUCAAUGAAUCACAGACUUCCCGAUUAUGGCGAUACCUUCAUAGCACCCAAGGCUGAUGUCGAUUCUCAUAUUAAAGUUGUGUAUGCCAAGGUACCACGGUCAACAAAGAGUGACAAAGACAGCAUGUGUGGUGAGUCACAUUGGAGAGCAGCACAGAAUACAGCAAGAAAGAAGGCAAAGCUUGAUGAGACUGGCCUUGAUAUUGCAGGAUGUCGGCAUGGACUUACUCAGUGGGCAGUAAACAUGUAUCAGGGUGAAAUAUAUGGUUAUGCCCAUUUCAUUCAGACCAAAAAAAUGUAUCCUGCUGGAGUAAAGUUCUUCUGGGAAGAUGUUGUGUGCAAAUACUGGAAGUGGGCUGGCAAAGUUGGAGGAUUGAAGGAGCUCAAUAUGAAACCUGCCCUCUCUGUUAUGCAUGCCAAGGCACACAAAUGGACUUGCCAAGUGUUAUGGGGAGGUCGCUGGCAAGUUGGCAGUGCUUGUUCAACAGGAGAAGAAGUGGAGCAAAUCAAUUCUUACAUGUCCCGUUGUGGCAAUACAACAAAGUAUAUGCUUCCUGAAGGCCGUGAUGAAGUCCUUACAGAACAUGCCAUUGCAUGGAACAAGAGAAAGAUUUGUGCUAUGCCAGCAAUGCUUGUCAAAAGAUUUGCAAGGGUGGUGGAAAUGUGUCAUGCUUCUAAGAAGGAUUGUGAUAACAUUCUUACUGAAUAUAAUUUGAACUCGGAUAAAAAUCUGAACAUUGCUAAGUGGAAAGAGGAAGUCAUUGAGCAAGCCAAAGCUGAGGAGUUGGUCAGUACUGCUAGACAAAGUUCCUCAGAGAGAGAGACACUGAAGUGUCAGAUAGAAAUGCUCAGUUUCUCACUUGCUCGAACAACAACAGCCAUUAGCAAACAAGCAGACUCAUCAAAACAAUGCACACGACUGCGAAAAAAGUUAACUUCUGAGAAAAAGACUCUUCAAAAACUUAUCGAUGAGUACAACAAAGUCAACGCAAGCACUGCGGAGGAGCCACUUACUUUUGAAGGAGUAAUUUCAGGAGAGUUACUUGACAAUGCAGAUAAUAGCAGUGGUAAACAUGCACAUGUCAUUGUGAUUAUUGUUCCCUUUAUUAUUUCAGUGGAAGAUGGGCUGGAAAGGCAUGAUUUGUCACCUUCUGCUGACGAAGAAAAAAAUAAAGAAAACGAAAUUGACUCGAUUGCCCUGGUCAAAUACUCUUAUUUUGGGUCUGAACCUGCGGUUCUUUAUGGUAAACUGGCUUUUCUAAAGGAAGGAUUGUUCUUCUGUAAAGAGCAAGUUAGCAGAGCCAUCUACAGCUUCACUAAAGUAUUUGAUGCAAAUUGUGAUGGCAUUGCUGACGAAGAUGAUGAAGAUGAUGACAACGAAGGUACCCAUAUAGAUGCCGAAAGUGAUAGUGAUGUGGAGGAUGAUGAUAUCAAUAUACCAGCCACAACAAUGGAUGAUGAUCAUAGUCAGAUCAUCAUUCCCAUUCAUUCUUGGGGUGCAGAGGGCACUGUCUGGACUUGGCAAUUUCCUUUGCACAUCAGCCAAUCGACAAUUGACGGAAGGAAUGGCAGCAAUGCAUGCAGUGUCAUCGCUUUGCUGAUUGCUCAAGGAAUUCACCAAGUCCGCUGUGAUCUCAAACCCUUUCAGUUUCUUCCUAAGGAUUGGGUGUCAUUGAUAUGUGGAUGCAUCAAGGUUGGGAACGCUCUGUAUGACCAUUCGCGUGCCAGUCUGCCUCAGAGAUAUUUGUCCGCUGCAGAAGCUGCUAUGGUAGCUGGUGAUUGCUUGAAUGUCUCCAUUUCGGAACCACUGCCUGUCAGAGUGUGCGAUGUCCAUGGACAGUCAACACUGAAGCAUCACCUUUUUGAACUUUGCAACGUCAGCACUGUCAGUUAUGCGCUUUUCAUUGUUAAUGAAAAGACAGUGUUGUUCGUUGGUGCCCGAAAUGAAUUUUUAAUCUUUGUGGACAGUCAUGUACAUGGACAUCACGGUGCCAUCAUUGCGUUAGGCAAACCACUCUACGUAGACGAUUUCGUGGGGGUAGUUAAAGAGUUUCUUGGGAUUGACAGUGAGACCUUUGGAAAUUUUGUCAAUAUAUCAUUCUAAAUGUAGCAGGGGCGACAAAAGCAUUUGAGACAGUUUGUUGAAAUGAGUGUCAACUUCAAUAUUUUCAUUUUUCCACUUCAACUCCCGUGUAGAUUUUGAGCUAAACCCCUCCCCCCUCCCCCGUUCCCGUUUUCAAUGUUGUGCAGAAACGAAGCACUUCUUGCAGAUAGCAAAUCCAACAUUGUUUCGGGGGAGGGGGUAAUAUCAAAGAGUUGAGGGGUGAUAUUUCUCCCAAAUACACAGGAAUAGUUAUUAUUUCAGAACUGUUAAACUUCGUGAUACAGCGAUGUGUAUGGAACAAGGUUCUUAGCUUUACUAAAGACUUUUUACGUAGAUUGGCAUAGAGUUGCCAAUGAAAUCCAUACAUUUCCUGUAUUUAAUACAACCUUAAUAAGCUACAUUCUUGUGCAUAAAUGGUCUAGAAUAGUUAAAAAAAAAAGUCAAAAGCCCUUUGGUUCCAUAAAAAAAUACUUUGACUGCUUGUUUGCCCUCCUUGGCCUUGGUUGGAUUGUAUAAUAGUACUUCGUAUUUAUUUUAUGUUCGCAAUGUUUGCUUUAAAUAAAGGUCAUUACCUAGUG